CUGUCCGCAGUCUCUGGUCAUCCCUGUGCUGUCCGCAGUCUCUGGUCAUCCCUGUGCUGUCCGCAGUCUCUGGUCAUCCCUGUGCUGUCCGCAGUCUCUGGUCAUCCCUGUGCUGUCCACAGUCUCUGGUCAUCCCUGUGCUGUCCGCAGUCUCUGUCUCUGGUCAUCCCUGUGCUGUCCGCAGUCUCUGGUCAUCCCUGUGCUGUCCACAGUCUCUGGUCAUCCCUGUACUGUCCGCAGUCUCUGGUCAUCUCCUGUGCUGUCCACAGUCUCUGGUCAUCCCUGUGCUGUCCGCAGUCUCUGGUCAUCCCUGUGCUGUCCACAGUCUCUGGUCAUCUCCUGUACUGUGUCCGCAGUCUCUGGUCAUCUCCUGUACUGUGUCCGCAGUCUCUGGUCAUCUCCUGUACUGUCCGCAGUCUCUGGUCAUCUCCUGUACUGUCCGCAGUCUCUGGUCAUCUCCUGUACUGUCCGCAGUCUCUGGUCAUCUCCUGUACUGUCCGCAGUCUCUGGUCAUCUCCUGUGCUGUCCGCAGUCUCUGGUCAUCCCUGUGCUGUCCGCAGUCUCUGGUCAUCCCUG